AUGUGGAGCGGUGAGACCAGGCCCGAGUGCUUCAGGUACAGGGUGUUGGGCCUGCCGCGGGGGAAGCUGGAUGCCGUCUCCCAGAUCAGGUGCAGCGCCGCGCUCUUCCUCUACGACUUCCAUGCCAAGUACCUCUACGGGCCCUACCAUGCCAAGACGGUGCGCGCUCUGCUGGCGGGGCUCGGCAAGGACGACACCCGAGGCCUUCCGCGACGACACCCGAGGUAUAACCCGUGGAUCCCUUCCCUUUGUAAUUGUGCAUGCUCGCGUUCGUUCCCUGUUCGUUCCGUGGACUUAGCUCCCCUGCACUGUCUAGAGUCGUCAAGCACCAGAGCGACGCCGUUUGUGAAAUGUCAGUACUUGCGUAAUCUGACUGGAACUAGAUUUUGGUGGUUUUCGUUUCGUAGGACUUUUUAG